GGGGGCAGCUGCUUCACUGUUGCAGAAGUUUGCAAAGGCUGCUGUUCUAGAAUCUGGGGAAGACCAUGUGAGUGCAAGUACCCGAUGGGCUGCCAGAUUGGGAAACCACGGCAAACGGACCUACCACACAGAGGAUACCUUUCACAAAGCUCUUUCAAGAUCUGAUGACGCCAUCAUCAAGUGCCCAAUCUCGUAUGUUGUGAUCCCUGUGGUUGACAAGCAGGCAGCGCGUGCUUUGAGAAGAAAACCAAACAAGAAACGCAGAUUCAACGUGCGGAAUGCCAAAAACACCAAAGGAAAGAAACAUCAACCUACGAAGUCAGGGGCAGCCCCCCAACCCAUCACUCAAAAGAAGUGGCCAGUGAUGAACCCACGUGUCAUGCUCGAUGCGGUGGCCAAAGCUGGAGCAAAUCAUCUCUUGGAGGGGGAUGACUUCGACUGGCUAGAGUUUUGGGAAGCAGCCAAUAGCGAGCCUUGGGGCCGGUCGCACGUUGUGCAAUCGUGGCCGGCUGAGAAAAGAAAACGGGCAAUUGGGAUAGCUGCUCACGGCGAUGAAGGUCAAGGAAAGAAGGACAAAAGUGUUUUAGUACUUUCGUGGAGCAGUUUUGGCGUCCACAAACGAUCAACUUCAUGCAAGUUUCCAUUUGCGGUUAUGCGCUCAACGUGCUUUGCGUACGAUGGCAAACGGAACUUGACAUUGGAAAUGCUACAAAAACACUAUGUCAGGAUGUUCAACGAGUGUGCCCACAUGCCUGAUGGUGACCAACUUUCUUUGCACUAUUGCGCAGGGAAGGGGGAUUGGAAAUUUAAGAAGGAGUGGUUGGAUGAACCAAGAUCUUAUUUGAGGGCGGCAAAGAAAGAAGGUUCCGAUGGACCGCACAUGGUCUGUAGGCGGUGUUUGGCGGGAUCAGAUGGUUCCAAACCGUGGUUGGAUGUAACAAACAUGGCAUUCCACAACCAAGCGGAUAUGGACGCUGCUGCAAGAAAUUGCGCCUCGCAUGUUAUUAAACAUGUGUGCAUUGGUAUUUGUUUGUCUUUUGUAAAACUAAAAUAGGUUCCAGAUCUCCCAAACUCAAAGAGUCUGAUAUCAGGCAUUGGGCCGAAUGUGGCUAUACGACAUUUGUCAGGGUGGCACAUUAGUUGUGAGUAUCCAGACAUAUUGCAUUCGGUCUGGCUUGGAACUGCCCGGGACACCAUCGGGUCGCUCAUGAUGGACUUAUGCGAAUUUGGACCAUGGUGGCAAGAUUUCAGUGCUUGGGAUGACAAACUUCAUGCAAUGACGCUUGAUGCGCGACGUUUCUGUGAAGAUCACAAGAUCCCCCCCGUGCACGAUUGAGGAAUGGAGUACCUUGCCACAACCCAGUUUCAUACUUGUAAAUGCCCUUGAUGCAGUUACACUGGACUACCCUGAAGCAUCGGGCAAUGCCUUUACCAACCGAGUUUUGUUCUUCAGCUGAAAACUUCAAUUUCCGUCCUAAAGGGAAACACACACAGUCCAAUUUUUUGCACCGAGGCUGGCAUUUUUGACGGAACGGCUGAAUGAAACUUGCCCGGCAAACAGUGCAAACACGCAAACUGGACAACAACACACAAAACGAUCAAACAUGGGCGCAGCAACUAAGGAAGCAUCUCUAUCUUCAAAAGAUUUGCGGGUGCAAGCAGUAUGUAGCUGGUCUUUGCAUACGUUCAGUACCACUUUGGAUGGGGCCCAAAUGUGGCUGUCAAACGGGGAAGCUUCACGCCUCGUAAACCUGGGAAUGGUUUACGCGCAAAGUGUGGUGAAGUUGGGGGAGAUUGCACUCAAAGAGUGCAGACCUCGCUACAAAAUUAGACCUAAAUUCCAUAGCUUUUUGUGCGAGACUGUUCUUAGGAUUUCUGAUGGUUCGCGGAUGAACCCGCGCUUUGUGUCCUGUUUUCAGGACGAGGAUUACAUAGGGAGGGGUUGCAAGCUCGCGCGAAUGCCGAGCAGUCACCCGAUGACAAUGUCCA